ACUCAUGGCCAAUGGCUGAGUUUCAAAAUUCCUGUGUUUAUUGUCACAUUGUCAUUUUUUAAUGAUACCGCAAAAGGCUAGAGAUUAUUGAUUAAACAACUGUAGUUAUAUUUUAGUAAAUGAAUGGCUAGGCUGUUGUAAACACUGUGCACUCGAAAUGUUUAAGAAUACUUUUCAGUCUGGGUUUCUAUCAAUUCUUUACAGUAUCGGCAGUAAGCCUCUGCAAAUUUGGGACAAAAAAGUUCGAAAUGGGCACAUAAAAAGGAUUACUGACAAUGAUAUACAGAGCUUAGUACUAGAAAUAGUUGGCACCAAUGUUUCUACCACGUACAUAACCUGUCCAGCAGAUCCGAAGAAAACUCUUGGAAUCAAACUUCCUUUUUUGGUUAUGAUUAUAAAAAAUCUGAAAAAGUACUUCACUUUCGAAGUUCAGGUUCUAGAUGACAAGAAUGUAAGAAGAAGAUUCCGGGCUAGCAAUUAUCAGUCUACAACAAGAGUGAAACCAUUUAUCUGUACAAUGCCUAUGAGAUUGGACGAAGGCUGGAAUCAGAUACAAUUUAAUUUAGCUGACUUUACAAGACGAGCCUAUGGAACAAAUUAUGUAGAAACCCUUAGAGUACAAAUACAUGCCAAUUGUAGGAUUCGAAGAGUCUACUUCUCCGAUCGAUUAUAUUCUGAAGAUGAAUUGCCUGCGGAGUUCAAGCUAUUCCUUCCAAUACAGAAUAAAGCUAAAACGGCUGUUGCUACUUAAAAAAUUACAGCACUGUUGUUGCCUUAGUAAAUAUAUUAUAUAAGUCAA